UCUUAAAACUCUCACUCCUAAAUUCAAGAAUAAACCUCUCAAGUUAGAGAGAGAGAGAGGGGGAGGGGUUAGAGAGAGAGAUGGCUAACCUCAGAACUCCAAGAUUGCACUUCCUAUUGGCUCUGCAGUUCCUCAUGUUAAUUCAGUCCCAAGUGCUCUGCUACCAGUACAAAGUAGGAGAUCUAGAUUCUUGGGGAAUACCAACUUCUGCAAAUCCACAGGUCUACACCAAAUGGUCAAAAUACCAUCAAUUCAAGCUUGGAGAUUCUCUUUUGUUUUUGUACCCACCAAGCCAAGACUCGGUGAUUCAAGUGACAGCACAAUCCUAUGGCAGCUGCAACCUCAAAGAUCCAAUCUUGUACAUGAACGACGGCAACUCUCUCUUCAAUUUCACCACAUUGGGGGAUUUCUACUUCACCAGCGGCGAACCGGGCCAUUGCGAAAAGAACCAGAAGCUCCACAUUUCCUUUCUGUCUGGCAAUGGCUCUGCUGACUCUCCUUCCUCUGGCCCUAGUUCAUUGGAUGCUUCUGCUCCUUCUUACCCCACCGUCUUUGGCACCAUCCCGGCUCCGCCUUCUUCUUCUUCUCCGUCACAAAGGUUUCCAGUUUUCGCAGCGGCCAUUGUUGGAUUUGUGGUGUUCGCACUUUUCAGUGGCAAUAUGUGAAGACCCUUAACAUUCAUGAGUUGAAUUUUCUCCUCACAUUUGGAUGGUGAUUCUUUUUUUACUUCUAUUUUUUUCUUUUUCCCGUUAAUAUUGGUUCUGUAAUAUGGAAGUUUUGGUUUUGUAAUUCUUUUUGUUAAUUCAACAGAAUAAAGAAAAUUCCUUAUGUGA